AUGGCAAAUUUGGAAAAACAAGCUGAUGAAAUCUUAGCAUUACAAUCAAUAUUUGAUACAAAAUUUCGUCUCCUUCAUGACAACAAUCGAUAUGAAAUUUUAAUUGAUUUUGAUCUCAUUCAACCAUUUGUUCUUCGAUGCAAUGAUAAGACAUCUAUUAUUCAUCAUUUGCCACCAUUUUCUCUGAUUAUUCAUUAUCAUGAUGAAUACCCAAGUGAUCAUCCUCCUUCGUUUAUUCUUUCUUGUUUUUAUUUUUCGAAAAUAUCUUUACAAAACCUUUGUCAAAAACUUGAUAAAUAUUCAUUUGUAAAAGGUGAAGUUUGUGUUUAUGAUUGGAUCGAAUUGAUUAAACAGGAAACUACAAAUGAACUAACACUUGACACCAAAGUCGAAGAACAAAUCAAUGAUCCACGAGCAUUAAAUGGUUAUUUACCUGAGAACAUUGACCAAAUUUAUCAAUAUUUAAUUAAUUAUAAUACUGAACACGAAGAAAAACAAUUUGAAAAUCACUUUCAAACCUGUUUAAUAUGUUCAGAUAUUAUUCGAGGAAGUGAUUGUAUUCGUCUUCAUCGUUGUAGACAUUUUUAUUGUCGAUCAUGUUUAAAUAAUUAUGUUCAAAUGACAUUAAACAAUGGUCGAUUUGGUGAAAAACUUCUUUGUCCACAAAAUCAAUGUCAAAAAGCCUUACUUCCCAAUGAAAUCAAACAAAUUAUUCAAGACGAUCAAUUAUAUCAAAGAUAUGAAAGAUUAACAUUACAACAUGCUUUAGAAUUAAUGAAUGAUAUCAUUUGGUGUCCAAGAGAAAUAUUUCAUUUCCAAACAACUUGUCCAAAAGAUUAUCUAAUUAAACAAAUGAGAUUACAACAAGAAAAACAAUUUGAAAGAAUUAGAAAACAACAAGAAGAAGAACGUGAACGAAUACAAAAAGAAAAAAAUCGAAAGCGAUUAACCAAAGAACAAGAAAGAGCUCAGACAGAACGGGAUAGAAUCGAAAAACAACAGAAAACUGCAGCUGAAAGAGAACUUCUUAAACAACAAUAUCGUGAAGUUACUAUUGAUUUAUCGGAAGAAGAUACUUUAUUAGAAAAUAUCUUAAAUGCUGAACGAAUGGAAGCAUUGAAUACUCAAUCAUGUCCAAAUUGUCAUGUCAAAAUUGAAAAAAAUGGUGGUUGUUCACAUAUGCGUUGUUCAAGAUGUGAUUACAAUUUUACUUGGUCUACAUCGGAAGGACCUCAAGAUCCUAAGAUAACCUCAUUGCUAUAUCAUUCUUCUACAGCUCAAUCAAUUGAAUCUAUUAGAGAAGAAUUAAAUAAGAAAUUAGAUACAGCAAAAAUAUCUGAAGAAGAUGAAAAAGUUGUCAUUAAUAAUCGAUCAUUUAUUGGUUCUGCUAUCGUCAAACGAGUCAAACCAUGUCCAAAUUCUUCAUGUCAGAAACUCAAUAUUAAAAUGGGCGAUGAUAAUUUGAUUAUAUGUAACGAUUGUUUCGAACAAUAUUGUUUUUCAUGCGCGAAACCCAUUAACGGAUUACAACAUUUUCAAAAAAAAUGUGAUCGUUAUACAUCAUUGCUGAGUUUUAUUCAUGAUGUUAGUAAUUUUAUUGAUUCACAUUCGAGUGGUCGAGCUAUUAUUAAAGGUUAUGUUAGCAAGGAUGCUAUCGUGACGUUUUAUGGUAGUGUACAUGAUCAUAAUGCGGCAGCACACAAUAUGCUUGCUAUGAUGCGAGUUGUUGUUUGUAAAUAUGGUGGUGAAGUAGAACAUAUUAAGAAAAGAUUAGGACACGUUCAAACUCCAAUUCCUAUUUUUGCCUAA